UUCUUUUUUUUUCUCUCUCUCUUUCUUCCAAUAUGGAGUCCUACUUUCAAGUGUUCCGUAGUCAUAUGCAGGAAAAAAAAGUCUAUUUGUGACAGUGUUUUCAUUCGCGUUGAUUGGUUCAUUGUUUUAAAAAUUUAUUCAUUUUUUUUACUUUUUGACAUAUUUCCUCCCCCCUUUUUUUUCUUCCUUACAAUUCAUACUAUGACUGAGUGGCCCGUUAACAAGGUGCGUUCCACCUUUAUCAAGUUCUUUGAAGACAAUCAACACACUUUUGUCCCUUCCUCUUCUACUAUUCCUCAUGAUGAUCCUACUCUUUUGUUUGCCAACGCCGGUAUGAACCAGUACAAACCUCUUUUCUUGGGUACAGUUGACCCCAACUCUUCUUUGGCCAGUCUUAAGCGUGCCUGUAACUCUCAAAAGUGUAUUCGUGCUGGUGGUAAGCACAAUGAUUUAGAUGAUGUCGGUAAAGAUACCUACCAUCACACUUUCUUUGAAAUGUUGGGUAAUUGGUCCUUUGGUGACUAUUUCAAGAAGGAAGCUACUCAAUUUGGUUGGGAAUUCUUGACCAAGGUCAUCAAUCUCCCCAAGGAUCGUCUUUAUGUGACUUACUUUGGUGGUGAUGAAAAGCAAGGUCUUCCUGCUGAUCUUGAAGCCAAGCAAAUGUGGUUAGAUCUUGGUGUUGAAGAAAAGCGCUUGCUUCCUGGUAACGUCAAGGACAACUUCUGGGAAAUGGGUGAAACCGGUCCCUGUGGUCCUUGUUCUGAAAUUCACUAUGAUCGUAUUGGUGGACGUGAUGCUGCUCACUUGGUCAACAUGGAUGAUCCUAAUGUCCUUGAAAUUUGGAACAUUGUGUUUAUCCAAUUCAACAGAGAACAAGACGGUUCUCUUCGUACUUUGCCUAAUCAACACAUCGAUACUGGUCUUGGUCUUGAACGUCUUGUCUCUAUUCUUCAAAACAAAUACUCCAACUACGAUACCGAUUGUUUCACACCCAUUUUUGACAAGAUCAAGGAAUUGACCGGUGCUAGAGAAUACACAGGUUUGUUGGGUGAAGAAGAUAAGGAUGGUAUCGAUACAGCCUACCGUGUUGUUGGUGAUCACAUUAGAACCUUGACAUUUGCUAUUUCUGAUGGUGGUGUUCCUAGUAAUGAAGGUCGUGGUUAUGUCUUGAGACGUAUCCUUAGACGUGGUGCUCGUUACGUCCGCAAGUACUUUAAUGUUCCUAUUGGAUCCUUCUUCUCUUCUCUUGUGGAUACCUUAGUCGAACAAAUGAAGGAAGGUUACCCUGAAUUGGCUAAGAAGGCUGAUGAUGUCAAGGCCAUCUUGGACGAGGAAGAAGUUGCUUUCUCCAAGACAUUGGAUCGCGGUGAAAAGCUUUUCGAAGCUUACAUGAAGAAGGCCAAGGAAUCUGGUUCUACUGUCUUGUCUGGUGAUGACGUCUGGCGUCUCUAUGACACGUAUGGUUUCCCUGUUGAUUUGACUCGUAUCAUGGCUGAAGAAAACGGUUUAGAAGUCAACGAAGCUCAAUUUGAAGCUGCUCAAGAGGCUGCCAAGAACAAGUCUCGUAAGGUCAAGGGCGGUGACAAUGGCCAAGGUGUGGUUGCCCUUGAUGUCCAUGAUCUUGGUGCUUUAGACAAUAAUGAUGCUGUCCCCAAAACAGAUGACAAGUACAAGUACUUGCCUGGUAAUGUCCAAGGUCAAAUCAAGGCUAUUUUCUUUGAACACAAGUUCCUUGACUCUACUGCUGAUAUUCCUGAAGAUCGUCACUUUGGUAUCUUGACUGACAAGACUAACUUUUACGCUGAAUCAGGUGGACAAGAAUUCGAUACUGGUUCCAUCAUUACUUUGGACGGUAGUACUGAAUUUGCUGUUCACGACUGUCAAGUCUAUGGUGGUUAUGUCUUGCAUGUAGGUCAUCUCAAGUACGGUCAAUUGUCUCUUGAUGACCAAGUUGAGCUUUCUUAUGAUGAUGUCCGUCGUUUCCCUUUGAGAAACAACCACACAGCCACUCACAUCCUCAACUUUGCUCUUCGUGAAGUCUUGGGUGAUGACAUUGACCAAAAGGGUUCUCUUGUCUCUCCUGAAAAGCUCCGUUUCGAUUUCUCUUUCAAGACACCUGUCAAUGCUAAGCAAUUAGAACAAGUGGAAAAGAUCUGUAACGAUUUUGUUGCCAAGAACAUGAAGGUUUACUCCAAGGAAGUGCCUUUAGCUGUUGCCAAGGCUGUCCAUGGUCUCAGAGCCGUCUUUGGCGAAACUUAUCCUGAUCCCGUCCGUGUUGUCUCUAUCGGUUUCGAUGUUGACGAAAUCACUCAAGAUGUCUCUAACCCCAAGUGGAAGACAACCAGUGUUGAAUUCUGUGGUGGUACUCACGUUGCCAAGACCAGCGAUAUCAAGUACUUUGCUGUUGUUGAAGAAACAGGUAUUGCUAAGGGUAUUCGUCGUAUUGUUGCCGUCACAGGUGAUGAAGCCACUGCUGCUCACCGUGAAGCACAAACCUUUGUUGGCAAGUUGGACCGUCUUGAGAAAUUGAACGGAUCUGAAUUAGAAGCUGCCCUCAAGGUUGUUUCAAAGGAACUUGAUGCUGCUGUCAUUUCUUCUGUUGCCAAGGCUGCUUUCCGUGACCGUUUUGCUCAAAUCAAAAAGACAUUUGACAAUGCUGAAAAGGCUCGUAAAGCUGAACAAAUCAAGGAAGCCAGUGAAGCCGUCAAGAAGUACUUUGAAGAAAAUCCCGAAGCCUCUUACUUUAUUGCUGAAUUGCCUGUGGGUAACAAUACCAAAGCUUUGGGUGGUGCCAUCAACUAUGCCAAGACUAACUUGAAGGAUAAGGCUGUGUAUGUCUUUAGCAGUGAUAAAGAAUCUGGUCGUGUUGCUCACAACUGUAUUGUCGGCAAGAACUUUAUUGAAAAGGGCUUGAAGGCUUCUGAAUGGGCUACUGUUGUCUGUGAGAAGAUUGGUGGUAAGAAGGGUGGUAAAGAUGAUGCUGCUCAAGGUUCUGGUGAUAAGAUUGAUGGAUUACCUGAUGCUUUGAAGGCUGCUGAAGAAUUUGCCAAGCUUAAGAUCAGUGCUUAA